AUGUCACAACAGGAUGGACCUCAAAAAGUGAAUUUAGGCAUUCAUGGCAGUGCUUUGGAUCUCAUUGGAAACACUCCACUCCUUUCACUCGAUCGAAUUUAUAAUCAUUUCUUUAAUUCACACCAUUUGACACCUCCAAAAAGUUGUAGACUUUUGGCAAAAGUUGAAUUCAUGCAACCUGGAGGGAGCAUCAAGGAUAGAGCUGCAAAGAAAAUCAUAGAACUCGCCUACAACAAGGGAGAACUUAAAAAAGGAAUGACAGUGGUCGAAAUGACAAGUGGCAACAUGGGUGCUGGUCUCGCCGUAAUUUGUGCCAUCACAGGAAAUCCAUUCAUUGCUGUCAUGUCAGAAGGUAACUCACCAGAACGAGCAAAAAUGUUGAGAGGAUUAGGUGCUCAAGUGGUUCUCGUUCCUCAGGUCACAGGCUCACCUGGACAAGUGACAGGAGAAGAUAUCGAACAAGCUGCCAAAGAAGCCAAACGAAUUGCAUUAGAGAAUGGUGCUUACUAUGUCGACCAAUUCAACAACGAAGGAAGUAUAUUGGCUCAUGAAACAACGACAGGACCUGAAAUUUGGAAUCAAACCAACGGAACAGUGAAUGCCUUUGUUGCUUGUGUUGGAAGUGGAGGCACUUUCAUUGGAACUUCAAAAUAUUUAAAACGAGUGAGUGAAGGAAAUGUGAAAUGUGUGGCUGUAGAACCAUUGAAAUGUCAAGUUCUUCAAUCCACCACCACCACCACCGCCACCACUCAUGAUCAUCUUUCACAACAAUCCAUUAAGGAGAAACAUGUACUUCAAGGAACUGGUUAUGGUUUCAUUCCUCCUCAUUGGGAUCACGCACUCGUUGAUGAUUUCGAACACGUUUCGGAUGAAGAAGCCAUUGAAUAUAGACAAUUAUUGGCAGAGAAGGAAGGAUUGUUUGUGGGAUAUUCUGCAGCUGCCAAUGUUGUUGCUUCUUUAAAAUACAUUCUUAAAUCUCUGAAUUCAGAGAUUGUGAAAAAGGUGGAAUGCAGAACGAUGAAUGAUCGUGAGGAAGGAAAUUCGAAUGUGGUACUGGUCGCUACUGUGUUGUGUGAUACAGGGUUGAAAUAUUAA